AUGGAGAAGGGGGAGGGAGGUGAGUUGCAAAACAUAACAAAAAUAAUGAGUUAUUCAGUUCGGUCUUUACUGGGUGAAUUGCUCAAUCCGUGCUCUAUAUGCUACAGUGUUGAGAAUGAGGAGAACGAAGCAAACAUGGACCACGUAGAGCAGAACAUCUUCAGAGCUAUCAAGGAUGGCAAAUACGACAUAGUACGAGCCAUGCUGGCAGCUGGGUUUGACGUGGAGAUGAGAGAUACG